AGCAAACGAGCGAAAAAUUCUGACAUAUUUUUGGUCUUUGGAGAAAUUUUAAUUCUACCACAAAAGCUCGGGUUUCAAAUCCGUUUUUAGUUGUUUGUUAUCUGCAGUAAACAAUGCUCUAUUUCCUUCUGGACUACGUCAGUCAUUGAAUAGAUCAAGAAUUAUAUAUUGUAAAACUGUUAUAUUACGAGACUGCACGAUCAUGGCUGCCACCAUUGGUGUGACGAAAAUCGUGGAUGAAUUGGGCGAAGAAGUUAUGAAGAAUUUCUUCAACUUCUUGAAUGUUUGCCCUCAUCCGGAUGGUGAUGGAAAACUGAAGUACCUGGAGCAGGUCCGUAAUCUGGCGCUGCCUGACCGAUCGUCUCUGCACAUCGACUACGAAGAUAUGGAACGCUACAUCAAAGAAACUUCCGAAACCCUGGCUGCUGAUUAUUACAGAGUGAUGCCGUAUCUAGUUCGUGCCGUUCGUCGAUAUUACGAAGAGACAUUUGAGAAUGAGCUGAAAAAAGAAAUAACGCUGGAUAUCAAAAAUUAUCCAACUCAAUGGGAUAUGAGAAAGCUGCGAGCGGAUAAAGUUGGUGGAUUGGGCAUCAUCACUGGUCAGGUGGUGCGUACUCAUCCUGUCCAUCCGGAACUGGUAGCCGGGACAUUCCGCUGCCUGGAAUGCCAGACAGUCAACUACAACAUCACGCAGCAGUACAAGUACACUCUGCCAACAGUGUGUCGUAAUCCCGUUUGCUCCAAUCGGUCGCGAUUUUCCUUGGACAUAAGGAAUUCGAAGUUUAUCGACUUUCAGAAAAUCCGUAUACAGGAAAUGCAGGACGAAUUACCCAGAGGAGCGAUUCCUCGCACAGUGGAAGUCAUUCUGCGAGCGGAGUGUGUUGACUUAGUCCAGCCGGGCGACCGCGUUAAGGUCACGGGAACUCCGAUUGUCGUGCCGGACGUUGGACAGUUAGCUGUGCCAGGUGCGAGAGCCGAAACCUCCAAUAAACACCGGCAAACUGAAGCGUCCCAUUUGGAGGGCGUUCGUGGACUGAAAGCGCUGGGUGUUCGUGAUCUCACCUACCGAAUGGCAUUCUUGGCCUGCCACAUCGAAUCUGCUUCUCCGGGAUUGGAUGGUGCGCAUGUUAAUCGUGAAAACCGUGAAGUCACCAUUGAAGAUCUCAAAAAGGAGAUGACGCCAGCUGAGAUCGAGAAGGUGAUGGAAAUGGGCAAUGAUCCGCGUAUCUACGACCACUUGCUGGAUAGCAUGUUUCCAACCAUUUACGGAAGCGAAGAAGUGAAGAAAGGCAUUUUGUUAAUGUUAUUUGGCGGUGUCGGAAAACAAACCAAAGAAGGCACACAUUUACGAGGUGACAUCAACGUGUGCAUUGUCGGUGAUCCUAGUACUGCUAAGAGCCAGCUGCUCCGACAAGUUACGGAUUUCGUGUCUCGUGCUGUUUAUACUAGCGGUAAAGCUAGCACUGCCGCUGGUUUAACUGCUGCGGUUGUUAAAGACGAAGAAUCCCAUGAAUUUGUUAUCGAAGCUGGAGCGCUUAUGUUGGCCGACAACGGGGUAUGCUGCAUUGAUGAAUUUGAUAAAAUGGAUUACAAAGACCAAGUAGCUAUCCACGAAGCCAUGGAACAGCAGACCAUUUCCAUUACGAAGGCUGGUGUUAAGGCUACACUGAACGCCCGCACAUCCAUCCUAGCAGCGGCCAAUCCGAUUAAUGGUCGCUACGACAAGAGCAAAUCUCUUCGACAGAACAUUACCUUAUCAGCUCCUAUUAUGUCUCGUUUCGACUUGUUUUUCGUUCUCAUUGACGACUGUGAUGAGAAUGCUGAUGUCGAAGUGGCCAGGCGUAUUGUUGAUUUACAUCGCGAUCGACUGGCUGAAGAGCAUCGAACCUAUUCUCUCAGUGAAGUCCGGAAGUACAUUACUUUUGCAAGACAAUACAAACCCAGGCUCGAUCGAGAAGCCAAACGCUUGCUGGUGGAUGAAUACGUUCGCAUGCGGCGAACCGAUGCAAAUGCCACAACAAAAUCUGCAUGGCGUUUCACUGUGCGCCAACUGGAAAGCAUGAUCCGACUGGCAGAAGCCAAGGCUAGGCUGCAUUGCCGAGAUUGGGUCACUGCCCAGAAUGUCCAGGAGGCUGCGCGUUUGAUCGAAAAGUCAAUUGUGCAUGUCGAACAGGCUGACUUAGAGAUCGACGAGGGAAUUCACGAUUACAACAGAGAAGAUGGUUUGGAAGAGCAUGGCAACCCAGAAAUUUCAGAAGGUGCAGAUGCACCUAUGGAUGUGCAGCCAGCGGAUGGCCAAGCUCCACCACAGAAGUUCACGUUGACUUACGAGGCAUACCACAACAUUGCCACGGCUAUCAUCGCUUAUUUGAAAAAUGAGGAAGAAAAGAUUGAUGUGGGACUUGACGGGGAAAAUCGGAAAAGUGAUGUCGUCCGGUGGUUCAUGCAAAAAUUUGAGCCUCACGUCACGGCCGACGAGUUCAUUGUCAAAACGGAUCGGUUGAACAAGAUCUUGAAUCACAUGGCCAAGGUGGACCAUGUGAUAAUGUUUAUUCAACAAGGAACCAUUGGUGCGGAAGCGGCGGACGGCGACCAGCAGGGUCCGGCGGAGGAUAACCCGAUUAUCAUCGUCCAUCCCAAUUAUCAUUAUACUGAUGACCAGUAGUUGUGAAAGUAAAUUGGUCAUUGCAUGUGUUUGCCUUUUUCAGACAAGCCGCUUUCGUAUACGUCAGUUGCACUUGCCGUGUUAUUGUCUUGAUUGUUAGAUUUUUGCGUGUUUUACUAAUUAUACCGAUCCGUUACGCUGUCACCAAUACAACUUCCGCUGUACUUGUCAUGGUCUGGAGAUACGCUCUUUUUGGUUAUGACGGUAUGUAUUGUGGAUAGCGCUUAUCUGUACGGGAAGUAUGGUUUCAGAUUUAACAUCAACGUAUAAGAUCCGAUA